UUCGGAACCAGACAAGAUAAAGUCUAUCCCAUGUGAGCUACAUUAACAAAAACAACGUUCACUUUUAAGUAUAUUAGUACUAUAUGUGUUCGAUCCGGUCGGUAAUAAAUUUAUAAAUUGUGAUUGGAUCUUCAAAAGUUCUCAUUAAUUAACAUGUAUUCUUCUAUAGUCAAUGCACUUCAAUGUCAAGUUUCAUAGAUUAGACGUGCGCUCCUUUAAGAGUUGACGGCUAAGCGUAUACAUAUUUAGGGUCUGAAAAGCUUAGCGUCUCCACAAUAAACAUUAAUCAUCUCUUUAGUUCUUUAAUCUUGUCUUGGGAAAGAUAUACAUAUCAAUUUUGAAUGGGCCUCAAGGUCUUGACUCCACAACAUCAAGUUUUCAUCAAUUUCCGUGGAGAUGAACUGCGCAACUACUUCAUUAGCCAUCUCGUGGAUGCCCUUCAACGGAAUGAGAUAAAUGUCUUUACAGACAAGAAGGAGAAAAAAUGUGAAGAUAUAAGCAAUCUUUUCAAAAGGAUCGAAGAGUCGAAGAUCGCGGUAGCCGUGUUCUCAAAAAGGUAUACGGAAUCAAGAUGGUGUUUGGAUGAGCUUGUGAAGAUGAAAGAACGUGCAGAUCUAGGUAAACUCAAGGUUUUUCCAAUCUUCUACAAUGUCACUACACACGAAGUGAAACUCCUUGAGGGAGAUUUUGGCACGCAUUUUAGGCGUCUGGAGUGGGACUAUCGGUCUGAGCAACGUAGAGUCGAUAAAUGGAAAGAGGCGUUGGUCUGUGUAUCCGGUAAGAUUGGGUUGACGUUCAAUGAUAAAAGGUAUAACUCAUAUCAUUCAAAUCUUUUAUUUCGGUACAUUAUCUGAAAUUAAAUUAUGUAAGAAAUCUCUUCUAAAUUCUGGUGAAAAACUGUGAUGUUUUAGGGCGUCAAUAUUAGAUAUUGGAAAAGAAUUGACAUUUUCUUAAUAGUUAUCGUUACUUGUUCAAGUUGGUAAAAAGUUAAAUUGGUCCAUACUAAUGUAAGCUCUAUGGAUUUUCAUAUUAAACAACUUUCAUGAGUAUAUAUUAGUUCAUAUAUUUUUUUUGUUUAAAACAACUUGUCCUAUACUUAUAUUUUAAGCUACGUCAGGGAGGUAAGUUGUUAUGUGAGUUAUAUUAUUGGGUUUCAUCAAAUCAUGAAAUAUGUAUAUGCACUUCAUUCUUGUUAUUUUGUCUCUCUCGUUUUGUAGCUUAUCAGAGAGCGAUUUUACUAAAAGUACCGUGAAGGAAAUCUUCAUAUUGCUACAAACCAUUCCCUCGGUGCAAGCCGAAAAUUGUCUUGUUAAGAAACUUUUUCUUUUUGGGUAUAAUCUUCUUGUUAAGAGACUUCCGGUAAUAGGAGAAACUUCUGCAAUGAAAAUGGAUUCUUUCAUAUCCUCCGAGGCUCAAAAAGGAAGCAUAGAUAGUCCAUCUGAAUCUAAGAUCAAAAGUUUCAGUGGAAACAACUCUUUAGCUCCUCAUGAAGCCAUUGCCUCGGGACAGGGUCCAACCCCGAUAGAAACAAGCCGUAUCAUGUUUAAGCCUCGUGGCGAUAUUCCACAAACAGCCACUGACUUUGACAACAAAAUGUCAAAAGUUCAAAUGUUUGAACAAAAAUUUGCAAGUCGAAUGA